AUGCACAGGAUACAUCUCGAGGAUGAGUCUAAGUCCUCCAUAGAGCAUCAAAGGAGACUAAAUCCAAACCUGAAAGAUGUGGUGAAGAAGGAGAUAAUGAAACUCUUGGAAGCUGGAGUGAUAUACCCUAUCUCGGACAGUACAUGGGUGAGCCCGGUCCACGUAGUUCCAAAGAAAGGAGGAGUGACGGUCAUAAGGAACGAGAAUGAAGAGCUCAUACCCACCAGAACGAUCAAAGAGGCUCUCAUUAGCGCGCCGAUCGUACAAUCACCGGAUUGGGAGCUUCCUUUUGAGAUUAUGUGCGACGCAAGCGACUACGCCGUUGGAGCUGUGCUAGGCCAAAGGAAAGAGAAGAAACUCCACGUCAUAUACUAUGCAAGCCGGACCCUCGACGAGGCACAAUGCAACUAUGCCACCACGGAGAAGGAGUUAUUGGCGAUUGUCUUCGCAUUCGAGAAGUUUCGCUCUUAUCUUGUUGGCUCGAAAGUCAUAGUGCAUACCGACCACGCGGCGCUCAAUUAUCUGCUGUCAAAGAAAGAUGCAAAGCCAAGACUUAUACGCUGGAUACUUCUUUUGCAAGAAUUUGACCUAAAGAUCAUUGAUAGGAAAGGCGCGGAGAAUGGCGUGGCCGACCAUCUUUCAAGAAUGAGAAUUGAAGAGAGCAUACCUAUAGAUGACUCGUUACCAGAGGAAACGGUCUAUGCAGUCAGUGCAGUGCCUAUAUCGAGGGAGGAGACCACACCAAGAGCCACCACGGAGAGGAGAAUUGCUUUUGGCGCACCUUGGUAUCGUCAUAUAGCCAACUAUCUCACGGCCGACAUAGAACCUCCGCACUUCUAUGGAUACAAGAAGAAGAAAUUUUUGAAAGACAUCAGAUUUUACUUCUGGGACGAACCGUACCUCUACAAGAAAUGCCAAGAUGGAAUGUUUAGAAAAUGCGUGCCAGAGGAGGAGAUAGCCGGGAUUCUGAACGGAUGUCAUGGAUCGGCUUACGCAGGUCAUUUUGCCACGUUCAAGACAGUCUCUAAGGUCUUGCAAGCAGGUUUUUGGUGGCCUACGAUGUUUAAGGACGCUCAAGCAUUCAUUUCGCGCUGCGACGCUUGUCAAAGAAUGGGGAAUAUAAGCAAGAGGAACGAGAUGCCCCAAAUCUUUAUCUUGGAAGUUGAGGUGUUCGAUGUUUGGGGAAUUGACUUCAUGGGCCCUUUCCCACAUCUUUUGGAGACCAAUACAUUCUAG